CGUUUUUCCAGAGGCACCCAAGAUGGCGGCGUCCAGCAAGCAAACUCGCUCGAUAUGAAAACAUGAAGAGGUAUUCUUUCGCCCGCCUUUCCCAAUGGGCUUGAUUCCAAUGUGAUGAUGCUCUUUUGUCUAUUUUCACUGAGCUGCCUUUGUAAACUUGCCUUGAGCCUCUGUUUUGGGGGUGAAGAGAAGGAUCAACGGUGAUAAUGAUCACAAAAGGCUACAAAAGUAUUUUCCCCUUCUCCAUCUGAUAGAAGAGAGAGGAAGCCACCAUGCCAACAGUGGUGGUGAUGGAUGUGUCCCUCUCCAUGACUCGGCCAGUCUCUGUUGAAGGAUCAGAGGAGUAUCAGCGGAAACACCUUGCCGCCCAUGGCUUAACUAUGCUGUUUGAACACAUGGCCACCAACUACAAGCUGGAAUUCACUGCUUUAGUUGUGUUUUCAUCGCUUUGGGAACUGAUGGUGCCCUUUACGAGAGACUACAAUACUCUGCAGGAGGCCCUGAGUAAUAUGGACGACUAUGAUAAAACAUGCCUGGAGUCGGCUCUGCUCGGAGUGUGCAAUGUUGUGCAGCAAGAAUGGGGUGCCGCCAUUCCUUGCCAGGUUGUCCUAGUCACUGAUGGCAGCCUAGGCAUUGGCAGGGGCUCCCUCCGCCACUCUUUGGCCACUCUGAACCAACGAAACGAAAACAACCGCUUCCCACUGCCAUUUCCAUUUCCAUCAAAGCUCUACGUGAUGUGCAUGGCCAACCUAGAGGAGCUCCAGAGCACAGAUUCUUUAGAUUGCCUUGAACGCCUUAUAGACUUAAACAAUGGGGAAGGCCAGAUCUUUACUAUCGAUGGACCCCUUUGCUUGAAGAACGUCCAGUCCAUGUUUGGGAAGCUAAUAGAUGUUGCUUAUACGCCUUUCCAUGCUGUUCUGAAAUGCGGCCACUUAUCUUCCGACGUGCAAGCCUUUCCAAGGCCGGAGCCCUUUGUGAUUGAUGAGGAAAUUGAUCCGGCCCCUAAGACUAUUAAUACAGAUCUGGAAAUAGUUGGCUUCAUUGAUAUUGCUGAUAUCUCCAGCCCCCCUGUCCUGUCUCGGCAUUUGGUGUUGCCCAUUGCUCUCAACAAAGAAGGCGAUGAGGUGGGUCCAGGGAUUGCUGAUGACGUCGAGGAUGAGAAUUCAGCCAACCAGAUAGCGGGCAAGAUCCCCAACUUCUGUGUGUUGCUGCACGGGAGCCUGAAAGUGGAAGGCAUGGUGGCCAUUGUUCAGUUAGGGCCUGAGUGGUACGGGAUGCUUUAUUCCCAAGCCGACAGCAAGAAGAAGUCCAACCUGAUGAUGUCUCUCUUUGAACCUGGACCAGAGCCUCUCCCUUGGCUGGGGAAGAUGGCCCAGCUUGGUCCCAUCUCAGAUGCUAAAGAGAAUCCAUAUGGCGAGGACGACAACAAGAGCCCCUUUCCCCUGCAACCCAAGAAUAAACGCAGCUACGCCCAGAACGUAACUGUGUGGAUUAAACCCAAUGGGCUCCAGACAGAUGUCCAGAAGAUACUUAGGAACGCAAGGAAGCUCCCUGAAAAGACACAGACCUUCUACAAGGAGCUGAACCGCUUGCGCAAGGCGGCCUUGGCCUUUGGGUUUUUGGACCUGCUCAAAGGGGUGGCCGACAUCCUGGAGCGGGAAUGCACUCUCCUCCCGGACACUGCGCACCCCGAUGCCGCCUUCCAGCUGACCCACGCAGCCCAGCAACUCAAAAUGGCCAGCACCGGCACCUCCGAUUACGCCACAUACGACCACAACAUCACACCACUGCAAACUGACUUCUCCGGCAGCGGGACGGAGCGGAUGUGAGGGACCUCUGAUGACCAAGCCCUCCCUCCAAAGACAUAGUGCAUGUUUCUCCCCGACAUGCACCGUGUUAAUCCAUGCUUGCUCAGUAGGGCUGGACUUUAUCAUUAAAUUUUUGCUAUAG